AACUCCGUACUAUAAGCCUCGAGCAUGGCUGCGCAGAAUCCUGAGCGCCAUCGCCUGAUCGAAAAAUCGGACGAACACAUCGCCAAACUGCCACACUCGAAGGAAUUACGGUCGCUGAGCUCAGACCAUGAUGUUCAGAAAUUGAUCGAGCGCGUUGCGGAAGAGGCGAGGGAAGCCCAGAAACGAAGGGAGAGGUGGAUGUUGAGAAAGGCGGGCGACAGGGUACAGGCAUUGGCCAAGCGCGUCUCAGAGUUCUUGGCAGCUUAUUCAGGCAUCAUUGAAGUCGUCAAGAACGUCGCAGGGGAAAAGGCACAGGUCCCUUACACCGCAAUCUCCAUCCUCUUCAUCGUAGCCGUCAAUAAAACAGGGAUUGAGGAGCAUAUCGAAUCGACUCUCAACUCGAUCACCCUGGCCUUUCCCGAUCUCGCCCAGAUCUGCGACAUUGUCGACUACUCUCGAUUGCAUCCAUCAUUGGAACGCUUGACCGAGAAUGUAAUCGCAUACAGCAGCGCCGCCGCCCAUUAUUACAAUCGCCGGUGGUUCAGCCGUCUGUGGUACGUGAUCGGGCACCCCCCGAACGCCGAGCUGGACACGUUGAAAGAAGCGAUCGAUAGCGAUGCCAAAGCAAUCAAGAACAGUACAUACAGGUACACGGUGGAGAAGCUCCAAUAUUUAGUCAAUGCGGCUGAAGAACAGCGACAAUACGCCGAGGAGCAGCGUCAACUCGCGGAAGAGCUGCGAAAAGAUGCUGAGAGACGAAGACAAGUGGAGGAAGCCGAUAUUCUCUCAGAUGCGCAAACACUGCUUCAAGUCGACCCAUCCUCGUCCACCACGGUCGACGCAUACCACUCCGCCCUGCUUUCUAUCCAGCACAUGUCUAGGUCCAAAUACAAGCUCUUUGACCGAUCCGUUCUUAAUAGUACGGCGUACGACCGCUGGAAGGAUAACGAGCAUUCAUCCCUGUUCCUGCUACAGGGGACCUCCCAAGCCGCCGACUGCACGAGCCUCUCGUGGCUCUCCAUAGCAGCCUUUGAGCUAUAUGGCGAGAUCAAAGAAGAGAAAGCCGAUUCCUUUAUGACACGCCACUUCUUCAUGAGUGAAGACAACAUGCGCGAAGACGUAGAGGCCUAUCUAGGCAUGGCUCACGUGAUCUACCAAAUCGCUGCUGGGGAACCCAAGACCAUCACCGAACCCGGGAGAUCCCGGUGUCUGAGAACCCAUACGCACAGCGAGGAAUGGAGUAAUCCUGAGCCGGCCGAGCCCUGUCACCUGCUGAGGGAUAUAAUAGACGACGAGGCAAUGAGCAGGUAUGCCUCGGUGUUCAUCUUCCUCGAUCGUAUUGACAGAUGUACCUGCACUGCGAGUGGGUUUGUGGACCAGCUGGUCGGGCUGAUCAAAGAGCAUACGUGCCAUCCUGCCGUUAAGAUUUUCGUAAUCAUGGGAGAGACUCAAAGGGUUACUGAGCGAUCAAUCCAUAUGAGAGGAAUCAAGGACAGGGUGCACCUUGUAACCGUGGACCAGGAGUUUCUACACCCACGCCAUUAAGCAAGGGAGUUGGGCAAGAGUGCGGUAAAACAGAAGAAGUAGUGGAAGAACUUCCGUCUUGAAUGUUAGAAGCCGCCUAUGUUCACAAGAGAGAAACCGCAAAAUUAGACCCGAAACAAAUAGGUG